AUGAAUCGUACUAACGUGGGCCAAAUAGCUGGUCUUCGAUAUGGAUUCUACAGCCCUGAUGAAAUCAGAAGGUUGUCAGUUCGCAAGGUAACAAAUGACCUGGCUUUCGACAAAUUUACUGGUCGUGGGGUAGAUGGAGGGCUUCAUGACGUAAAUUUCGGGGUCAUUGGCUACAGUGAGACCUGUGCACACUGCGGCAUGGAUUUUACAGAUUGUCCGGGUCAUUGUGGCCAUAUCGAGUUUUCGAAACCAGUAUUCAACCCUUUCAUGUUUGAUGUAUUGUACAAAAUUGUGAAGUCUUUCUGCUUUGGGUGUUUUCGCUUAUACAGUGCAGAGUAUCUUGCUUCAGCCUUGUAUCUACUUGGAGCACCAGUCAGUAAGCUUCCCGGGAAAAUGAAAGCUCUUGAAAUUAAAGAGUUGGAAGGGUUAUCAGGCGAUGAUUUGCGCCAAUUGGCGAUUAGAAACUUAGCUACAAGGCCCCGUGCCCCUUGUAAGUUGUGCGGUAGCGGGUCUUGGGGUCUAAGGCACAUUAGUAAACAACAGUUAGUUCUCCACCCAAUAUCUAUUGCUGGCGGUAACCGUUCAAAGGCAAGAAUGAAAGAGGAAUUGGAAGAAGAUUGUAGUGACCUUCUUGAAGGUUGCAAGUAG